CUUCAUCUCAAGCUGGUGGUGCUGCGACUACAGGAGGCGGCCUGUUCGGACACAGUUCCAGCACCACCCGGGACGAGCUGCUCAACGAGCAGGGGCCGAACCUCUCGAACAGCCGGAAGAUCCGGGAGUGGCAGCUGCGCGACCCGGCCCGGCACCUGUACAUCGGGCGUCCCUCGAUUUGGGGAAAUCCUUUCAGACUCGGCGGUCACAACGGCGACGACCGAUUUGUCGUGAUUGAAAAGUACGAGCAUUAUUUACUGUAUCAGCACCCCGACAUUCUCCAGCAUUUAGAUAACCUCCGGGGAAAAGUUUUAGGCUGCUGGUGCCACCCGGAGCCCUGUCACGCGCACGUGCUGCAGAAACUGUACAUUAAACGGCAAAAAGCGAUGAAAGAACGGAGUUGCAUGAGCAACAUCUACACCACGAACCCGUUUUUGUUCAAGAACGGCCGCUACGGCGCGGGGCCCACGUCUGGGGGGUGUUUCAACACGACAUUUGACCCGUUGUUGCCGCUCAGAACCGGGGGCUGCAACGUCUACGUCGGCAUGGGUGCAGCGGGGAAAAAACGGAAGUGGAACCGCAUGGCGAAGCAGGACGCGAAGAACAAAACCCACGACUUGAUAGACGAGAAAAACUCGGCGAUUGUGUCCACCAACACCAACUUCGAGACGGAAGCGCAACUCCGGCUAUUCAAGUACAAACUGGCGAAGGCGUUUCGCCACGACGCAGUCGGGCUGAAUAUGAAUUGCAAAAAUGUCUGGGUCUGGAAGAUUGCAACUUCUCAUGCUGUCUUUGGAUUCCAAAAAAAUCUGUAUUGCGUGACCAACAACAGGAGUCCAUUUUGUGUUACGCGGAGAGGACAUUUCUCAUGCGGAAUAGGCAUCAGGAAGCCCUCUAAAAAUCUGUGAUGCUAGAUCAUGCAUCACGUGCAUUAUGGCUCAUACAGAAUACGCAUCACAAAUCCCGGAAUCUUCCAGACCCAGACAUUUUUACAGUUGAUACUGAAGGAACUGUUGCAAAUGACGGCCAUGGCGAAGCAGGGGUUACCCUUGGUGAAUCAGUUCACGGUUGGGGUGCAUAUCAAAUGGAAAAAUGUCUGGGUCUGGAAACUUGUGAUGCAAGUCAGUCAAUAACAAAUGCACUGUAAUGGUAAUGCGCCGCCAAGCAAGAGAAGUUGCUUCGUGCUUCUGUGCCGCGUAUUCCGCAUGAGAAACUGCGUUUUUGCAUGACAGGCGAGAGAGGCUGUUUCUGGCCACGCAAUACAGAUUUUAGGGCCAUGCCAGAUCAUCAUGACAAAUCUCGCAAUCUUCCAGACCCAGACAUUUUUGCACUUGAUAGUGCAGAUUCUGCAGCAAAAUGGGCAGCUGAAAAACCGGGACAUCGGGCACAACAGCAGCUACAACAACACUAUCAAACCGCCCACAGUCCCGGCGAAGUUGAACCGCGCCAUAUUACCAUGAAAAAUGCCCCCACCCCCAAAGUUGCAAUACUUUGUGAUGCGAAGUUUCCAAAUGAAAACUUUUUGUCAUGCAUGAAAGGAGUAUGAAUCUUUGCGAUGCAGAGUCUAGGCGUAUAUAGCAGUGCUUGCAUGACAAGCGCCACUCUUGCUGGGAUCUGUUGCAAUACAAAUCUUCGCUAUUCACGAUUGGAAAUCUGUGAUGCUGCUAGAUGCAAGAGGGCGAGUGUUUCUGUUGGAAAGGUUUGCAAUGCAAAUGCUCCCAAGUUCGGGGGUGGGGGCGUUUUUCAUUGUGAUACGCCAGGAUCUGGCAACUGAUGAAACAGUGGAUGGGUAACUCUUGCGAGCAGUUCGGCUGUAUAUGAACUGCAAAAGUAUCGUGCUCGUACUAAUUGCAGUUAUGCAUGACAAAUUUCCUUUCCAAGGUAAAACAGCAUGACAAGUGGAGUUUUUCAUGCUGAGAAAAUUUGUAAUGCAAUUUAUACUAGUAUGAUGGUUUUGCAAUUCAUACUGUAGUACCUUUUACGAGCUGCCCGGUUGUACUGGUGGUUCCCCGGACGGGGCGGAAAGCAGUGGUCACCCAACUACUACGUGUACUACUUCCAGCAACCGUUCUUCUUCUGUUUUCUGUCCACAGGGCGGGUCUUCUUUUGGGAUGAUGAUGAAAAACGGAGGUUCCUGCUGGAGUUACCGCGCAUAUGAUGAAGUGGCGCAGCAGCAGGACAAGCACAACUCUGGUCGUCUUUGCAGUUACAACAAGCCUGGGCGAGUCGCGGAAGAAGUUCCGAGGCAACUCCUGCCCACUUCAAGUUCUUCUGCCGCGAAUAAAAUCAUGACCACCUCCGCAAAUGUUAAAACCGACACUGCGGGAGGCAGAGUGUUGAGUUCGGUUGAUGUUGCCCACGACGUCGUUAAUAGAGCUCCUACGAACAACAUCAAAGGGAUGUUAAACACCAAGGCGAACGCGACUACUAGCACAAGCAGUUCCACGUCCACCUGUGUGAUCCAGGAAAAUAACGUCAACUUGGUGGACGUCGAAGCUGCCGAAGAACGACAAAACAGCCGCAUCUGUCCGACUACCGCCAUGGACAUCCUCCGGAACCUGAACCUGGAUUUCCUAAGCCCUCAAGUCGUGCAGAAUUUGAGCGAAGAGCAGAAGCAGCAGAUCCGCGAAUUGCAGAAGGAACAAAGCAGAAACUCGAGGAUGUCAUCCUCGUCCAGUAUGUGUAACUCAUCUUGUUCCAGAGGAAGGAACUCAACACACAACUUAUCGGACGAAGCAGCGGCCGCCCAGCGGAUGGAGCAGGCGGUGAAGAGAUAUCAACUGCAAAAAUGUCUGGGUCUGGAAGAAUGCAGCUUGUCAUGCUAAAUCUGAAGCAUGCAAAAAUCUGUGUUGCGUGAUUACCAAAAGUCAUCCAGUUUUGGCUAAGUCGGGAGGGAGUUUCUCGUGCAGGAUAGGCAUGAGAGAGAUCGCAAAGAAUCUGUCACGCUAGGUCCUGCAUUCCAGGCCUCGUGGGUCAUGGAAAAGCUGCAUGACAAGUCGCGCACUCUUCCAGACCCAGACAUUUUUGCAUUUGAUAAGAGAGCGAGUGCGACGAUGAUGAACAGAACAGCUACAAACAUGAUGCCACUCUCACCGGGGCCGGUUCCUUCAAGUACUGCUGCAGAAUUAGGUGGAGCUCAACCUCGUGCAGUGACAGUUGUACUAGGUGGUGAACAGCCUCCAGCAGCAGGAACAAAUAUGACUAAGGCAACGGGCAAGUACAAGAAAAACAAAGAGCACGAAAUCACGAAAAUGGGGCUGAUGAACCCUACCUACGCGCUAGAACAACAACAGGAGAUGAUGAAAAUGGCUGCGUCGGGCGGCGCGACCACAGUGUUGCCUCUUGGAAAUGAAUUCUCACAAGAAAGCCACCAGGUGGACCAGCUUGAGGUUUACUCUUGCAACGGGCAGGAGGACUCGGGUCUUUUGGACGAUAGUCAUAGUAGUAGUGCCCUGGAUAUUAGCAAUGCCACAAUUUUUACGCCUGCUGCGGGACCACGAACAUCAAAUGGAGUUGUGAAAAAUGUGCAAGCUCCUGGUGUCGAGCAGGCGAUGAACAAGGAAAUACUAGAACAAGACAAAAUGUUAACCGGUUCUACUACUAGUAGCUACAAUCCGCCCUACGGCGCUCCACUAAGAUUAAGACGGAUCCAGCAAAUCCGGGGGCCAGUUGGUCGGGACCCACCAGGAAGUGCAGGUUCGGCUGGCUCAUCAUUAUCAUCAGCAACAUCUCCCAGCGACGAGGAGGAGAACAACAACUUCGCUCAUGAAAGUAGAAACUCUGUUGCAGCGAGCCAAGAUGUUGGUGAACAUCACGGCUCUACUGUAGCUCUGAAGCGGCGUUCUUCUUCAGAUAAAGAUUUUGGACCGGCGACACAACAACUUCGCACCUCUGCCGCAAUGGAAUUAUACUACGAGGACGAUGUUGAUGACCUCCACUUUGAUCAACGUUACUUCAUGGCGAGGAACAGCAGGACGAGCGGGGAAGAUGAUGACCACACUAGUGGAGUUCUUGCCCGUCGAAGAUCUACUUCCCAUCAUGAUUCCAUCGCUUCUAGUUCUAGGUCCUCCACUACAACUUCUUCGGGCACCACCCGAAAUAGACGAACUACGGGCGGAACAACAACUACAAGACCAGCACACAUAAAUCCUCCCACUACCACUUUCGCCUCCCAGUACUUUUCGAACGUGACUACCGACGCGACCAAGUACAUGAACAAAGCGUUGAGCUUCUUCUCCGACUCCGUUUUAAGUAAUUCCUUUACCUGGAAGCAAGUGCAAAAGCUGAAAGGCGACGUUGAGAAAGAGGAGAAUGCGACUCAAGAUAAAGAACCUCUACCGGGGCAAGAAUCUAGGAGAUCCUCCUUGAACAUGAACGCUGGUGGAGCUGCAGAGGUGGACGAGCAGCCUGUUGGUGCAAUGCCAAUGGGAGUGCGCUACGCAGGACAUCGGGGCGCGGGAGGAGUUCUUCAUCUUGCGCCGCGUCAAUCAUACGUUGCAGACGAUUUCGAUCCGGUGGAUUAA